AUGAAUCAUCCAAAACUACCAUCAACAGUAAUGCAUGAUCUUAUCAAUGUCAAUUUGAUUUGCAAAGAUCGAUUGAAAGUUAGCUAUGUCCUCAAAGAUUAUUUAUGCAUAAAUGAACAAAUUUUUGCGACCAUAUUAAGAUCAUUAUCUCAUCUUAAUUUGAAAAAUUUAUUCAAUGAUUGUAUAAAAGAUAGUAUACAAUAUGUUCAAGAAGAAAAUCAUAUCAUUGAAAAAACUCAUCGAAACUUACGUAAUUUUCAUUUCGUCAAACAACAAGUUCAAUCGUAUCGCCGUGUAUAUGAAUUAGAAAUAACUUUGGGCUCUCGUAUAUUAGAAAUAAUAAAUGAAUCAAAAAUACCCAAAAAACUGGCAAUACAAUUUAUUUAUCAUCCAUGUGUAACAUCUAGUGAGACAUAUCUAAUGGCGUUCGAUUUAGAUAUAAUUCAAAUUUGUUUUAAUGGUGAAAAGGUAUUAUCUACAUGGGCGUGUAUUCGUGCAUUAAAUACAGGCGCAUUUAUUUGUUAUAAUCUUACAAAUGAUCUAGUAACACUUGGUCGCAGUGCAGUUCGUAUUGGCAAAUACUAUCAAAGAAACUUCAAACUAUUAUAUCCUCAUCAAUUUCAAAUCGACAAUUUUUUUAUCUCUAACGUUAUAUCAAUUACGACACAUGCAACAUCCUGA